UCUGCUUACUGUACACCAACCACGGAGUUUUCUGCCUUUGGCUUUUUUAAUUCGUUGCACAGGGUUAGACACUGCCUUCUCUUCUUCCUCUGGGAUGGGCUUUAGGAUUAUCGACGAGUUUCUUCAGGUGUUUUCCUCUGGCUCUUCACCCGUUUUGUUCUUUCCCUCUGUGUGUUCAGGUCUGCAGGAGGCACCGGGCGCUGCGUGGCGGUGCCGAGCGGGAGCGGGUGCGGGUCCGCCGGUGCGGGGCGGGCUGGCCCCGCUGCCGGCCGCCGCCGGGCUCGCAGCUGCGGGCAGCGAGCGCCCACCCGGCCGCGGGGCCAUGUUCUACUUCCACUGCCCCCCGCAGCUAGAGGGCGCGGCCCCCUUCGGAGGUCACUCCGCCGGCGACUUCGACGACGGGUUCCUGCGAAGGAAGCAGCGCCGCAACCGCACCACCUUCACCUUGCAGCAGCUCGAGGCCCUGGAAGCCGUUUUUGCUCAAACCCACUACCCCGAUGUGUUCACUCGGGAAGAGCUGGCUCUGAAAAUCAACCUCACGGAGGCCAGGGUGCAGGUGUGGUUCCAAAAUCGAAGGGCUAAAUGGAGAAAAACAGAGAGGGGUGCUUCCGACCAAGAGGGCUCCAAGGAAACCAUGGCUGAGGUGGCACCUCCUGCGAGGAAUUUAAAUUCCCCUUCUCCAGCAGAUCAAACCAGGAAUAAGAAAGAGGGUCUGGAGAUCCAGCAGAGCCUGAGCCGAUCAGUGGGUCCCACAGGACCUUUCUUCCCUUCCUGCCUGCCGGGGACUCUUCUCAACACAGCCACCUAUGCCCAAGCUUUAUCCCAUGUCGCCUCUCUAAAAGGGAGCCCGCUGUGCUCGUGCUGCGUUCCAGACCCCAUGGGCCUCUCCUUCCUGCCCACCUACGGCUGCCAAAGCAACCGCACCGCCAGCGUGGCCGCGCUGCGCAUGAAGGCGCGCGAGCACUCGGAGGCUGUGCUCCAGUCUGCCAACCUCCUGCCCGCCGCCAGCAGCAGCCCCACUCCUCCUGCCAAACCCGGCCCUGAGGGCAGCCAGGACAAGCAGCCCUCCCCAGCCAAGGAGCACAUGGAAGGGGAGAAGAGCGUAUGA